AGCUAAAUCUCACAUGCACACAGGCUGUACCGGCACCUCUCACCCCCUCCAGAAUAUCUUGCUAGCCCAGUGAAUCCUGGGAACAAGUGGUUGAGUGGAAGCGGAUGCAGGAACCAUGUGUCAAUAGAGGAAACCAACUCAUCCCUUCUAUUAAGCCUUCUCCUGAGUUUCCGGUCUUUGGAUUUGGUGCAUUCAGUUUUGUGACCUGCUGUGCUGCUUUUAAUUUUUUGGGAUUAUAAUCAUCAGAGACCCAACAAGCUCUGAGGAUUCAUAAAACAUUAAAUUGGUACAGUGUUUGUAUCACUGUCAACUGUUUGGACUGAUUUAAGGGGUGGCACCAGCUGAGCAGUAUUCCUGUUGCUGGAAGGUGUGAUGACUGCAGAGAGUCAGCAGUCACCUACUAGGGCCACUGCUGCUGGAGCUGGUUUACAACAGACCAGUGGUUUUACCAUGCCUGUGGUAAAAGUAGAGAAGGAUCCAGCCCCUGAAGCAAGCAUGUCCAAUGGUGGCUCCGAGGUAGAUGACACCCAUAAGGGAAGGAGAAGAAAAAGACCCCUCCAGAAAGGGAAGCCUCCAUAUAGCUAUAUCGCUCUUAUAGCUAUGUCCAUUGCUAACUCUGCUGACCGUAAGCUGACUUUAGGGGGAAUCUACAAGUUUAUUACCGAGAGGUUCCCGUUUUACAGGGACAACUCCAAAAAGUGGCAGAACUCAAUUAGGCACAAUCUUACACUAAAUGACUGCUUCAUUAAGAUCCCCAGAGAGCCAGGCAGGCCAGGUAAAGGAAACUAUUGGGCCCUGGACCCCAAUGCUGAAGAUAUGUUUGACAGUGGCAGUUUCUUGAGAAGAAGGAAGAGAUUCAAGAGAACUGACCUAACCACUUAUCCAGCCUACAUACAUGAUACCAGUAUGUUUUCACCCCUGCAAGUGGCAAGAGCAACUUAUCCCAACACUGUAUAUCCAAAUAUGACAAUGAGCCCCAACUACAGUCAGCAGAUAGCCCCACACUCAUCAGUGUACUAUCCAUCAUCUUCUCCUGCCUUUAGCUCUGCCCAGCCAAGGGUGUUCAGCAUCAACACCCUAAUAGGGCACAGUGGGUCUGAACAUGCACAGCCACCUAACCGAUCCAUCAGCCCAGAAGUCAAUUCAACUUCUUCCAGCUCUUGCAACUACGGAGGGUCUGCCUACAGUAGCCAAGCUGGUAGUGGCACUAUGCUGCCCAGGUCUACCAAUCCAGUACCUUAUUCAUACUCAGUCCCCAACAGUCACUUGCAGAUGAACCAGAGCACUUACACACAUAGUAAUGCUCAACUGUUUGGCAGUGCCAGUCGGCUGCCCAUGCCAACAUCUCCUCCAAUGAACAGUGACACUGUGGACUUCUAUGGGAGAAUGUCACCUGGGCAGUACACCUCCUUGGCUACCUACAAUAGCAAUGGGCAGUUGGGUGGCACCAAUGCUUACCUGCGCCAUGCCACAUAUUCUGGGAACAUGGAAAGGUUUGUGCCUGCUGUUUGAUGUAGGCAAUGCUUGAAUUUGAACUGCAUGUUAAUUUCAAUUAGCAUGUAUCAGGGAUGCUAUCACUCUGCCAAAUAAGGUAUAUUCUUUACUGUGUAAUGAGAAUGAGAGAGCCAGCACAAGAGAACAGGGCAGUCGGGCAUGUGAAAUCACGUUGACUAUGGUCUGCUGAUUGUACCCUUAGAUGGGCAGCCAUGUAAAGGCAAGAUACCAUUCUCUUACAGUCAUAUUGAUUCAUUCGCCUUUAUUUUUCCCUAUGGGAUGACAAGAGAAAUAUUUUUGUACUAUGCAGUAAUUAUGCAUUAUAUAUUUUAACAGCUUUAAUAACAAUGUAUAACUUUUUCAUGGCCUUUGUGAGUUUUUUAUACAAUAUUCAUAUGCCAAUUCAAUAUGUCUUGAUGUUGAUAUAAAAACAAAAAGAAGACAAAAAAAAGAAAAGAGCAGAGAGAAAAAGAAUAAUAGCCAAACUGAAAAGAAUUCAAUGCAAGAAAAAUAAUGAUCAGGAAAUCAUACUGAUUUAAAACAUUGCACUUAUUUUGUACUGGAAAAGUUCCUUCCUUCUUUUUUUACAUUGCUCCUUAAAAUAAAAAAAUAUGUUUUUCUGUAUGUAUGUGGUAUUAUUGAGAGAAAUUGAUAAAUAGAUCAGAUUGUAUAGGGAAAAGUUUCUUCAAUAAACUUGGUAGCUGUGUGUUAAAUAGCACAGCUAUGUUAUUACAGUAUCUAAUAGUUCCUGUUUUAAACUGAAGAAAUAAAAUAAAAAUUUGCCCCGUAACUACACUGUGAUCUAUUGUGGGAGAAAUGUGAAGAACUGCAACCGUUUCCUUAAUGAUGUGACAGCCCAACUCCUUUCAUAGCACUGCCACCAAGCUCUUUCACUAAGUUACUGCUACUGAAACUUUGAGUACAAUUAAUCUAAACCAUGAAUUAUAAUAGUGCCUGUAUUGCAGUGCUAUGUUUUAUUUCAACAGCUGACCUAUAGGUCAAUUUCCACAUUAAUACAGUUUAGCCAUGAAAGAACUAACAAUUCUUUUUUUCUUUUUCAAUUGAAUACAAAUUAACAUCAAGGUUAUUUGCCCUUGUAACAUCUGGAGUCCAUAGGAAACUGGAAAAAAUGUUGUUAAUAUUCUGGAGUGGGAUUUUUGGUAGCAGAUUAUCAGAUGUAAAACUGGUGUGUUUCUCCUAAGCCUUGUCCUGUAAUAAGGGUAGUCUGUCAUUGGUACGGGAACAAACAGCAUCACUUUCCCUGAGUUAAGUAUUGAGAUCACUGCCGUUUCCCAUCGCUGCUUUUGAAUAAGAUACUAAAUAAAUAUGGAAGAAUGUAUAAACAGCUUUGGGAGGAUCCUGAGAGUUCUUAUGCAACAGCACAGUCUACGUAGAUGUAACCACCCUGUCUUAAGGUGUCUGAGAUGGAAUACAGGAGUCCUAUUUAAAAUGCAAUGAGAAAAUCUAUCGCUAUAUGGUCCCAUUUUUAUGCUGUAGUUGGAGAGGGUAUUGAAACAAAAACAACUGUUAUAAUUAUUAUCUAUAACGCAGAAUGCUUUACCUGGGUGUUCUAGACUAGUGGGGUGUUUCCAUAGUUUACUGCCGCAUAACUGAUAUUUACCAAAAACAUUUAAACAGUAUAAAAAACACACAAUAACUUUUUUAUUCAGUUUACAUCAGGUACAAGGUGUUGCCUUAUUACUAUAGAGAAAAAAAUUAUUAGUAAUUAUUUAUUAUUUUAUAUAAAGAUACCCCAUGCAGAAGAUCAUUUGCCGUUUUUGGAGCUUUCUAAAGACAACAUAAUGUGUCAACUUUCUGUUGUUACUCUGCAUAAAAGCAAAAUUUCUACUGUCAUAAGACCCCUUUUAUUAUAUAUAUAGAAGGAGAUUCAUAGAGCCUUGUCUCAGAUCUAUUACAAAGUCAUCAGUAAUUCAGUGUCUUGUUAAUUGUGGAAAAUUGAAAUGCUCUUACCGCGCAGUUUCUACAGUUAUAGUAUGCGCUUAUACCAUCAAUUCAUUGCUCCUGUAUAACUUGGGCCAAAUUAUUAUUGGAUACCGAAAAGAUUUUUAAGACUAAUCUACAUAUGUGUAAUCCUGAAUAAAUUUUGUAUUAUACUAAAUAAAUGAAGAAUGUCUCAGAAUUUUUUUUUUAAAUUAUAUUCAUAGUAAUGAGCUAUUUCUAAAAUUAUUUCAGGUGUGGGCACUAAAAAGAAAGGUGUCACUGUUCCAGCUGUAACAUAUAACGAGCAAUAUGGAUUGCUAAGGAAUACUCUUCAAUAAUGUGACUUUAACAAAGUAUUAUAAAAUGCAGAGCCUAGGUACAGUUUAUUAUUAUUAUUUCUUAUGCAUCUCUUAACUUUUUUUCUCCUAGCUGUGGGCAAAUAAAAGAGUUCUGCUAAGACGCCACAGGGAAACAGUCAACCUAUAUCAUGUAUAAAAUAAGAUAUAAUGGAGCCCUAAAAAAUUGUACAUUAGACACAAGAGCUACUGAAAGUCUAUGCCUUGUGGACAAUGUAUAGACUCUCUAUUAAUAUUUUAUUUAUCUGCCAACAGAAUAUCAAGGUUCAUCUUCCCUGAAUGAUAUUCCUCAGAGACCCAGAAAUAGUUAAAGAAAAUUUAUGAAAACAAUAACAUUAUUUUCCCUCAAAUUACAGAAAGUAUGUUAGCCAUAGUUUUCUUUUGAAGAAGGAAUGUGGGUAGAUACAUUUGAUCUUACAGUUCCAUCAUAUGCAAGAUAUUUCACUUUUAUGGAAACCUUUUAGCAGUUGUAAAGCUAUCAUGUCUGAAUUACUGUAUAUUGGUGAAAUGGCAGAAUCAGAUUGCUUUAUUUUGAUAUUUGGAAUAUGAUUGUAGCUUUUUUUAAAGAUAAAUAUGUAUUUGUAUUUUUGGCAUUGUAUUUCUGGUCUUUUUAAAGUAAAGCUUUAUGUGAAUUUUCAAUGUGUGUUUUCAUUUUGAUAUUAAAACAUAUAAAUCUA